AUCACGGAUCAAAAUUUAGUUAGAUAUUAAAAUUUUAAUUAGUCAAAUUAAAAUUAAAAAUGUUUAAGGACUAAGCCAAAAAUCAUAAAAUCAUAGAGAACAUGACGAUGACAAAUAAGCAAAUUCGGUUCUUGGAUAAUACUAUAGAUUGUGUAUUCAGAGAAGCGAGAGAGGAAGACAGAGAAAAAGAUGGCUCGUACUAAGCAAACUGCUCGUAAGUCUACUCGUGGAAAGGCCCCUAGGAAACAGCUUGCUACCAAGGCUGCACGUAAGUGUGCUCCAACCACUGGUGGAGUCAAGAAGCCCCAUCGUUACCGUCCUGGAACUGUUGCUCUUCGGUAUCUCAUCUCUUUUUCUUUACCCCAUAUAUAUAUAUAUAUCAUUGAUUUGACAAAACUCUGGUUCUUGUUCUUGAUGGACAAUGAGAUCCGUAAGUACCAGAAGAGUACCGAGUUGCUCAUCAGGAAGCUCCCUUUCCAGAGGCUUGUUCGUGAGAUCGCCCAGGAUUUCAAGACUGAUCUGCGUUUCCAGAGCCAUGCUGUUCUUGCACUCCAGGAGGCUGCAGAAGCGUAUCUUGUGGGUCUCUUUGAGGACACUAACCUCUGCGCCAUUCAUGCCAAACGUGUCACCAUUAUGCCUAAAGACAUUCAACUCGCCCGCAGGAUCAGAGGAGAACGUGCUUAAGUGUUGGGGGACCUGGUUCGUGAGUUGUGAAUGUGGUUGUUCUUAAUAGCUAGAUGGGUAUAUUAGAUAAUGGCUUUAAAACCUUUUGGUUGGUAGGAGACUUGAAAACAAUGAUGGUUGUUUUUUCUCAUUUCAAUCGUCUUGCCGGGUUAUGAUUUGCUA